AGCAACAGCAUAGCAGCGUCGGCGGUGUGUGCCUUCAACCUGAGCGCCAUCUCGCAGGCCUUCAACGGGCCUUUCCGCUCCCAGGAGAACCCCCGCUCCACCUGGCUGCCCACCGCCAACCCCAUCCACAACUUCCAGUGCGGCACUAUAAACGACGAGGGUCCCAACGAGGGUCUGACGGAGCGCAGCCUGCAGGACGCCCAGAGGCUCUACCUGAUGAACGACGUGGUGCAGCCGGAGUCUGUGGAUCCGCUCGUCAUGCAGGACGACGUGCGCUUCUCCAACCUGGUGGUGGACAUCGUGCAGGGCAUGGACACCCUCUACCACGUCAUGUACAUCAGCACAGAAUACGGCACCAUCUUGAAGGCCCUUGCUACGCCCAAUAAGAACCUGCAGGGGUGUUACCUGGAGGAGAUGGAGCUCCUCCCAGCGGGGGUGCGGGAACCCAUCCUGAGUCUGCAGAUCCUCCACAGCGACAGGUCGCUCUUCGUCGGGCUCAACAACCGAGUCCUGAAGAUCCCGCUGGAGAGGUGCUCCACCUACAAGACGGAGACGUGA